AUAAAAAGGCUACAGACCACAGACAGUACCUACAGACUGGAGGGCAAGCAGGAGUAAACCAAAAGGCAACAUGAGUUUAUUAACAUGGGGACUGGUCUGUCUCAUUGGCGUCCUGGCCCAGGGGAUCCAUGGGUCACAGUUUGGGUCACGCAACCGGCAGAGCCUCCUAGGCAGCCCUUCCCUCUCAAAGGCUUCACCACAAGUGUCUCCAAGAAUCCACGGCAGCUUUGAAGACCUCAGAUCUGCCGAGCAAGCUUCCGAUGAAGUUCUAAGUGCUGAAAUUUUGCAAGAGGUCCGGAAGGGCGAACACAGCAUCCUGAGCAUGCCGCAGCAGGACGAGCGGGCUGGUACCAACAACUACUUGACACAGGACAGACGGAACCUAGCAUCAGCAGCUGGCAGCACUAAUUCCAGGUUUUAUCGCAGUCAGCACUCCCAUCAUCACCCGCUUACACCGCUGCAACACAAAGCAGCAAAGCAUGUUUCUCAGCAAUAUCGUCAACAUCCCAGCUCUCCUGCAUCAUUCCUAACUGGCACAGUCACCACGUCAAACUGCAGGAAUCGACCAAUCGACCUGGUUUUUAUCAUCGACAGUUCCCGCAGUGUGCGGCCUGCUGAGUUUGAAAAGGCCAAGGAGUUCCUCAUAGACAUGGUUGACACCCUGGAGAUUGGUUCAGAUGCCACCCGGGUGGGCCUCGUCAAUUAUGCCAGCACUGUGAAAAUUGAGUUUCACCUGAAGACCUAUUUUGACAAGUAUGCCCUAAAGCAGGCACUUGCCCGAGUAGAACCUCUAGCUUCAGGCACUAUGACGGGUGUCGCCAUCAAGGCCGCUAUGGAGAAAGCUUUUGUCGCGGAGGCAGGAGCCCGACCCAGCUCCAUGAACAUCGCCAAGGUAGCCAUCAUAGUGACUGAUGGGAGACCCCAGGACCAGGUGGAAGAGGUAUCUGCAGCAGCUCGGGCAGCCGGCAUUGAGAUCUACGCGGUGGGAGUAGACAGAGCAGAUUUGAUGUCCCUCCGCCUCAUGGCCAGCCAGCCUUUGGAAGACCACGUCUUCUAUGUGGAGACAUAUGGUGUCAUUGAAAAACUCACCGCCAAAUUUAGGGAAACUUUAUGUGGUGUGGAUGCAUGCGCUCAAGGACACAAUUGCCAGCAAAUUUGUGUUAACAAUGGCAACUCAUACAACUGUCAGUGUUGGGCUGGUUAUGUCUUGAACCCGGACAAGAGGACAUGCUCACGUCAAGAUGCAUGUGCCCGGGGACAUGACUGCCAACAUAUUUGUGUUAACAAUGGUGACUCUUACGUCUGCAAAUGUGGAGUGGGAUACGUCCUGAAUGCAGAUAAGAAAACAUGCUCGCGUGUAGACCCAUGUGCCAGUGGACAUGAGUGCCAACACAUUUGUAUUGACAACGGAGACUCUUACAUCUGCAAAUGUCAUCCGGGGUUUGUGUUGAAUCCAGAUAAGAAAACCUGCUCACGUUUAGCAGCAGAUGCAUGUGCCAGGGGGAAUGACUGCCAGCAAAUCUGUGUCAACAAUGGAAACUCCUACUACUGCAGAUGUCAAGUGGGAUACAUACUAAAUGUGGACCAGAAAACAUGCUCACGUGCGGACGCAUGCGCUCUUGGACACAACUGCCAGCACACUUGCGUCAACAGUGGUGAUUCGUACAUCUGCAAGUGUCGAACGGGAUAUAUUUUGAAUGCAGAUCGGCGAACAUGCUCACCUCCAGAGAAGUGAGCAGUUCCCUGCGGCCGUGACUGCUGUGUCCAACGACAAGCAUAAACCUCACGGACAUUUAUGGAACCAUUUAUCAUUGAACCAUAAAUGGAUGGAAAAAAGUUCCGAGGGUUUUAAGGAUUAUAAAAGAAGCUCAGAACAUUUAGGAUUGAUUUAAUCUUAAUUUUUGUUGUUGGAAAUGACUAUUACUAACGUAUGAUCAUUAUAAGCAAUCAGCAUUAACAUAAGUAACGUUGUCUGCUAAUUGAUCAACAGAUUUCAAACAUAUUUCUCAUGUAAUGAAAAAAACCCAAUGUUGUGAUCGUGUCUCACCUGACAGAUCAAAGUUUAAAGUGAUUGUUAACACAAGCGAACGAAAGAUAACAGCUCCAUGCAGUUGACGCACACCUAAAAUGAGCUGGGUUAUCCUUCUUUACUACAUUGACUACGACAAUAUAACGACAUAUUUUUUCCUAUUCUUUCAGAGGAAAUGAGAAGUGAAAUAACUCAAGAUGCCUGCAAGUGUGAAGCUCAGAUUUUGUUCCAGAAAAAAGUGCAGUCCACCAUUCAAGACUUGAGCAGA